GGGAUAGCGUAGAAGGGAAAUGGUAGCAAUGUUUGAUCAUGGGGUAGGCUAAUUAGUCUUAUCAGGGCAUUUGUCUUAUUGAGUCUAAAAAUGUUCGUGAUCCUCUGCCAUCAUUCUUCACUAAGGUAACAACAUUUAUAAUAUUCAGAGACAUUAAGUCCCAUGAUGCACUGGUCAUAGUGCACAUAACUCGGUCACCAUUCAAAGUUGGACUCGAUACAAAUUGGCCGACACUUUAAUUAUUAUUAUUUUUUUUUUUUUAAUUAUCUUGCCGAUCGCCGUCCCUUCCCGCUCGUCCUGCACAUGCCCAGUUCAACACAUUAGUCCCCUGAAGAAGAAAAAAGGAAACGAGAACAGGAAGACGAUCGAACGUGAUUUCGGCCGCGAUGGAAGAAGCGUUACUGUAGUGUUCCAAACAUCAGCUGAACCCACCCAAACCCCCUUACCACCACAAAUGCCAAGAUGAAGAGACUAGAGACUUUGUGUAUAGACCUUCAUAUGUCGUAAGGCUACAGGCGAGAACAGAGGAGGACCUGUGUUUGCUGUGAGUCAGUAACGCUACUGAACAUGGAUGAUAAACAGUGAGUAGGCUUAACUAGAUUACAUUCGACCCGACAUGGACAGGAAGCGCCCUAAACUGCUCAUCCUAAGGAGAGACACAGUAGAGGGUAGGAUGGUGGCACGACACAUUGCUCUGGAGGAGGACACGCCCCUGAGCCGUGCGGCCAAUCAGGCUCCAGACCUCGGAGAGGGAGCCAAUCAGGGAGACCAGGCCGGGGCCGAAGAAGAGACCCGUGGUGAAGAGGCGCUGAUCCAGCUGGAGAGCGACAUGCUCCCUCUAGGAGCAGAAGUCCAGAUGCACACGGCCUCCAGUGAACGACUGGUUUUGGCCCAGGGGACAAGGGAAGGAGGGAGGUGUCUGGAUGGGCCGCCUGGAGCCUGGUCUGAGCCCCUGGGGGAGGACGACAUUGACGAUGGGGAAGAGAUGGAGGAGCGUGGUAAUGAACAGAGACCGGCUCCUAAGCGCAGGUGGAGGUGGAAGGUUCCGGUACAGGCUGACGACGACUGGGAAGAUUGCUCCUCUUUAGGACCGGGCUGGAAACGCAAAGUGGUGUUCCGACGCUCAACCACCCUGCCCGCUAAGAGGAAGUGGGACACGUACUACUGCAGUCCUUGUGGGGACCGCAUGAGGAGCAAGGUUGAACUGACCAAAUACCUCCGUGGUGGCAUGGACCUCUCUCGUUUUGACUUCCAGUCAGGACUCUUCUUGGAUGAGAAGAGCAGGUUGAAGCAUUUGAACCACUUGGAGGAAGUUCCCUCCUCUAGUACGAGCACCUCCAGGGCUGGUACCCCUAUGACCGACACCCCCAGGACAGGCACUCCAGACCUGGACCGGAACCACACCCCCGAUGGCUUCCCUGGAACUCCCCAGCGCACACCACAGAGUCAGGCCAGCUUCCCGCACAUCACACAGUCCCCCACUGCUGUUAUCCACAACAGCCUCCCCACCACCCCUAAGCCAUCCCUGGCCAGUGGCUCCCCCUCUCUCCGUCUGGAGCAGAUCUCCCCACAGAGACUCAGUGCCGUGGCCUCUUCAAGCCGAGACGCGGUAAUCCCUCAUCUGUCUCAGUCUCUCCUGCCUGUCAGCCCGACCAACAACCAGCUCCUUCAGUCAGGACUACAACCACCUAGCCCAACCAAUAAUCCACUCUCUCAAUUAGGACUACAAACCCCAGAGAGGCACAGGAAGGUAGUAGUGAUCCAUAGGCCGGAUGUGGAUCUGGACCCAAUCACCUCCCCUCCCCCUCAGCACCGUUCCCUGGUAACCCAGUGGACCCAACAGUGGAGUGGAUCUAAUAUUGUGCUGAAUGGACACAGAGAAAUGGACACCGAGAAACCAACUUGUACAGGUAGACGUGGACGGGCAGAGUCAGUGGAAGCAACGUCCCUUAGGCCAGGCUCCUACGGUGAGAGGAUUCAGCAGAUGAAAACAGCCAAUGACAAAGAUGCUGAGAAGAAACAGUCCCCAAGUAUUGUGUUCAGAAAGGUGGGAGGGGAUAAAUGGGUUCUAGGGGGGAAACAACUGGAGUUCAAAGAAGAGGAAUUCGGCAACAGCGGCACGACUCCACUUUACACUAAGAUGAAGCGUAAGCGGUUUGGACACAAAUCAACCAAGGUCACCAGGAGACCUAGUAUAUCGAGAAAAGCCAAGAUGAAAGAAUCUGUGAAAGAACUGGAAGAGGAGGAGGAGGAAGAGGAGGAGGAAGAAGAGGAGGAGGAGGAAGAAGUAGAAGAAAAGCCACAGAAGAAGAUGAGGACUCCUCAACAGAAGGUCAAAGAGGAAGAAAAACAACAGUUGAAACCACAGAGAAAGAAGGUACGGGUGAAAGAGAAGGAGGAGGAAGUAGAGUGGAAGCCAGAGAAAAUUGUGUAUAACCACAGCGAGGGAAGUGACUCUGAAGAGCCGCCGCAGGAGCCGACUAACAUCUCACGUAUAACGGGUAAAUUAAAGAAGCGUACUCAGGGCUGUGGUCAGUGUGCUCCCUGUCGGCGUACAGAUUGUGGUAAAUGUGUCUACUGCCUGGACAAGCCCAAGAACGGCGGGGCCAACAAAAAGAAACAGAAGUGCAAGUACCGUCGCUGUCUUAAUAUGCCCACCAAAAGGGACUUAAUGGGGAGCUUCUUUAAGAAACACCUGACAGAAGACCCAGGUGGCCAGUGUGUUCCCAUUGGACUAGGAAGUGUACUUCCAGGAAGUGUUCCUAUUUCACCAGGAACUGUAGUAGGACGUGGAGCAGGAUAUGUACUAUUAGGAAGGACACUUUCAAAAUGGCGUAUGGUAAAACCAGGAAGUGGAUCAACAGUUGGGACAGGGAGGGGACGUGGUCGGCACCCUAAACACUUCACCAAACGGAGGAGACGAGUGUGGAGCCAGGUCUCCUCGAGUGAUACGACAGAGACGGAUGAGACUGAGGAGGAAGAGGAACCAGUCUACACCGUUACCACCCAGUCGUUGGAGCACAGCCCUGGGGGAGGGGGAGAGGAUGGAGAAGGAUGGGCGGAACUACAGGAGUACGACGACGACAUGCCUGAACAAAUACCUCAGAUGUCUCCAUCCUAUAUGCCUGUAAACCCCAGUAGUGGUGUAUCUGGGUCAGAGGAACCCUACCCCAGCAGCUGUGUUCAGCCCUACCCGCAGAGCUGUUACCAGGGCGACCAUGGCAACCUCCAGUUCAUCAGGAUGAACGGCAACCAAAUCACCAUCACCCCUGGCCCCAGCCUCGCUUCUCAGGCCUCCGCAGUCCUGGAGCCUGCAGUUGAACCCCCGUCAGUUAACUACAUGACAUCUGAACCAACAGCUGUGCAGCAACUAGGUCCACCUCUGCACCAGCCCCUUACUGAGCCCUCGUCACCGUACCGUAUGAGCAGGACAGAGACGGCCCCACUGGACUACACCGAGGAGGAACAACUAGUAGAGCUGUACGCCGAGAUUCCUCGAACCGUCAUCCACCUCGGACCACCUGACCUGCCAGAGGUCACGGGGUCAAAGGUCAUGCCUGGGUUGACCACCGAGGUCAUCCAUGAUGUCACUCUUGAUGAUGUCACUCCAGAGAUCACAGAGACCUUCAGUCUGGCCGACGGCAGCGAGUCCUGUCGUGACGAGAGGGAGGCAGCUCUGUUUGGGUUCCUGAGGGCCCUGCGCCGCACGGUGCUACCAGCCCACUGGGUAGGGGUCAUGGCCAGGGGACCUCUAAUACAACUCCUCCAGUGCUCUAAACUCUCUACCAUGGCUGACACAGUUCUCCAGAUCCAACCUGGCUUCUGCUUCCAGGUGACGGUACAGGGCCAGCCCCUGCUGCUGACCCACCCCCUGUACGAGGUCCACCCUCCCCGCCUCGGAACCAUCACCCAGCUGGUGACUCUGCUGCUGGAUCUGGAGAGCCUGAUGGUCUGCCCCGGCUUCCCCGUCAGGCUGCCCGCCCUGGGGGACAGGGGCAUGGAGGUGAUGGAGCCGGUUCUUUGUGUGAGGGCGGCCAUCUGUGAACUGCUGGUCCCUCUGGAGGAGGAGAGGUGUGAGAGGUGUCGAGACAACAUCGUGGAGAAGGACCUGGAACUUAUAGAGGAGGACCUGGAACUUAUAGAGGAGGAGGACCUGGAAUUUGAGCUGGAGUUGGGGGAGGAUGGGUGGGUGUAACAGGGUUGGAGGGUGUGACUGGAGAGGGUUUGAACCCCCGGGACAAGACUGUGUUAGCCUGCUGAGCUAAAUCCUAAACUUGUGUUAGCCCACCAAGCCAUAACUCUAGGCAGGUUUACUUGUUAUGCAAGUGUAGUUCACGGAACCAACUAAAUACAGGGACCCAAGGCCAGGUUGCUCAUCAUACCAGCUCGGUUCACCGUACAGGACUUUGUUUUUGGAAAACCAGGACGUGAAUUGGUGCGCCUCCAACCAUCGCAGAAGUGCCUGCGUGUCAUUGACAUUUCAAUUUGGUGCUUUUAGAAAUAGAAUGGCUAGAAAAUCAUUCUAUUCAUUGUAUUUCUAUGACUAGAAUUUUGACUUUACUUAUGGACAUGACUGAAAAAUGUCUUCCAACACAUCACUGGUAGUUUACCAUUAGAUCAGGCAGACCAGUGCUGUUUUUUACUUCUGCAUGUGACACUUAAUGCUGUUGGCAUUAAGACAAAUGAAAGUUCUCAACACGGGGCAACUGGGAUAUCAACGUGACGGGGCAACUGGGAUAUCAACAUGACGGGGCAACUGGGAUAUCAACAUGACGGGGGGGCAACUGGGAUAUCAACAUGACGGGGGGGCAACUGGGAUAUCAACACGACUACUUGUCUUUGGUUGUCUUCUGGACCAUCUGUUUGUUUUUU